AAACAAGGUCGCAAAGAAUUGAAGAGAUAUGGCGCGAUCUUCACGUGUAUGGCUUCGCGCGCCAUCCACAUCGAAGUCCUCCACACAAUGGAAACAGACUCCUUUAUCAACGCCUACCGAAGGUUUAUCGGACGACGUGGUCCAGUAAGACAACUGCGCUCGGAUCAAGGAACGAACUUUGUAGSAGCCAAAAAUGAACUCCAAAGAGCACUGUCCGAGCUUGACCAUAAGAAGAUUGGAGAURCCCUUUUGGARGAGAACUGCGACUGGGUYGUGUUCAAGAUGAACGUUYCAYRCGCAAGCCACAUGGGCGGCGUGUGGGAGCGCCAAAUCAGAUCUGUUAGAAACGUGCUUAACGUAUUGCUCGAUCGUCAAGGCACCCAGCUGGACGACGAGUCACUCAGUACGCUCAUGGUCGAGGCUGAAACCAUCGUAAACAGCCGACCACUCUCCACGGAGACAUCAAACCCUACAGAAACAAUGGGACCAAUAUCACCCAACCAGCUUCUAACUAUGAAGAGUAAAGUGGUGCUGCCACCACCCGGCGAUUUCCAAAGACCAGAUUUGUACUCACGAAAGCGCUGGCGCCGUGUACAGUACCUGGCGAAUGAAUUUUGGAUGAAAUGGAGGAGAACCUUCCUACAAGCUCUUCUGCAAAGGCCUAAGUGCACCAAAAGUAAGAGAAACCUCGAGAUUGGCGACAUUGUCUUGGUCAAAGAUGAAACACUACCACGCAACAAGUGGAUGUUAGCUCGCAUAACGGAAACUAUGCCUUGCCACGAUGAAAGGGUUCGCAAAGUCACCAUUGCAGUCGCUGAUGCCUCAGCCGAUUGUAAAGGCAAAAGAUCAAGACCCCUUACCCUGCUGCAGAGACCAGUCCACAAGCUUGUUAUGCUCUACUCAAAGACUGAGCAGCGAAGAGACCAGGGAAUCCCCCUCGAGGAGCCAUAGGUACAGCGUCAAAGGUGAAACCGUACUAUACAUGAACACUUAAGGAACAGUUAUUGCAAACCAAGCAAAAAAAAGAAAAAAAAACAUUGAUUUUACGAUAGUUGAUUGAUUUAAAUUGUAAUGUCAAUUUAGAGGAGCCAUGUUAAGAAUAGUAUGUUAACCAUUAAUUAGUUAUUGUCAUAUCGCGUUACAUUUCGACACGUUGAUUGGGACACGCUAGCAGCUAAAGUUUCUAUGCUACAAUAUAAGGACUAAGAGAAGGUAAUUGUUUGAUUUAUUGCAUUUAAAUAGCGUACAACGAUGUAUAGACGGACUUUCUUUGAUUAUAAGUAAUCUGUAUUGUAUCGCAAGUGAUUCGUGGUCUCUAAAGACCAUUAUUUGUACGAUUGUAUGAACACACGUGAGUCUAUAGUGAUUAUAUAAUAGAUUUAAUUCAUGAUUUGUAAGCGUUUUAUAUAUGAUAUUCUAGCCAGUUUUAGUAAUUAGCUUUGUUAUACGAUUUAUUAUA